UUUCCAGAACACCAGGACUGCCUCCAUCAGGCGGUCCACGAGCAUCUCGGGGAGCUUCUCCGCGUUCUGAAGGCUAUAAUCAGCAAACACCAGAGCCUCAACUCAGUGGACAUCCUCAGUACAGCUGGAACCGUCAUCGCCAGGGUCAAAGGAGUCAACUUUAAGGAGGUGAAAGAGGAGAACAAACAGAGGCUGUUUGGGGAGAUCUACACCGCUAUCGACACGUUGGCAUUCACAUUUGGAAAUGUAGUUUCCGACUUCCUUAUGGGAGAUGUAGAGAAUGGACCGGUGUUGGGGCUUUCCCUAACUAAGAGGAGCAGGUCUUCUGAGAACCUCUCAGUGGAAUCUGGAGGAUCCAGUCAUGAGAAAGAUUGUCUUCCAGGGCCGUCUCCACCAGUUCGGGCCGAAGAGGUGGACAGGACAUUGCAGCAACAAGACGGUGGGGUGGAAUCUGUGCUAUUUUAUGCAAAGGCCUGGUCCAAGUACACCAAAGAGCUGCUGGCAUGGGUGGAAAAGCGUCUCGGCAUGGAUAUCGAGUGUGCAAAGAGUUAUGCUAAAAUGGCUGAAACCGCGAAGACACUUGCAAGUCAACAGGUGAUUUAUGCCUUCCGUGAAAUCUACAUGUCUGCUUUCAAGAAUGACAUUGAAUACAGCCAGCUGGUACUUCAAACUGCAGCAGUACUCCAAAGCAACAAGUUCAUACAGCCACUCCUUGCCAGAAAGAAUGAAUUGGGACAGAUUGAAAAAGAGAUGAAGGAACAGUGGCAGAGAGAGCAAAAGAAAAUGCAUGAGGCAGACAGUGCUCUGAGGAAGGCUCGGCUGCUGCAGGCUCAGCGGCUGGAGGAGUAUGAGAAGGCCAAGGUGUGUACCAGCCGCCUGGAAGAGGAGCAGAUUGUUGGAACAGGGGGAGCAGCUGUGGCUAAACAGCUGGAGAAAAGACGCAGGCUGGAGGAGGAGGCUUUCCAGAAGUCUGAGGAGGCCAGGGAAUACUUCAACACUUGUCAGGUUGAUGUCGGGGUGAAGAAGAUAGAUCUUGCACACACAAAGAGUGAGAUCAUCACACAGCUCCGGGAGAUGGUGUUUCAGUGUGACCUCACUCUGAAGGCUGUGACUGUCAAUUGGUUUCAGCUGCAGCAGGCCCAGGUUGUGUCACUACCUGUCAACCACCAAAGUCUUUGUGAAAACGCUAAGCUGUACGAACCAGGCCAGUGCUAUAUCGACUUUGUCAGGCGUUUACCCACUGACACACGUCGCCCAGAGUCUCUUUCCUUUGAUUCAGCCAUCAUGCAAACACAGGGGAUGCAUUUUGUCCAACGCUCACUAAGUGGCAGCCAUUCAUCCAUGACCUUUGACUUUGUUGGUGCAGAAGAAGUAGAAAGCCCCAUCAGUGCGAAUCCUGCCAAGAUUGCAGAAAGACACUCCAAUAACAGCACCGACAUCCAAGCACUUCGGAUUCAGACGCCAUUUCGUCCCUGGGUUUCGGGUCAGGGUGGAGGGAUGUGCAGUGAUUCUGAAAGCGCUGGAGGGAGCAGUGAGUCUCGGUCCAUGGACUCACCCACUGCAAGUCCAGGGGACUUUAAGAGGAGAUUACCUAGAACCCCCUCCACAGGCACCAUGUCAUCUGCUGAUGACCUCGAUGAGAGGGAGCCUCCUUCACCGUUUGAUAAUGGCUUGAGUGAGAUUGUCAUAGAGACGGCCAGCUCUCCAGGACCCUUCAGAAACACCCAGAUGUCUAAGGCAUCUCAAACCCACAAGCUGAGGAAGCUCCGUGCACCGUCAAAGUGUCGCGAGUGCGACGGUCUGGUGGUGUUUCAGGGAGCAGAGUGUGAAGAGUGUUCUCUGGCCUGCCACAAGAAGUGUUUAGAAACUCUAGCCAUUCAGUGUGGUCAUAAGAAGCUCCAAGGCCGGUUGCACCUCUUCGGCAUCGACUUCACCCAGGCAGCCAGGGACAGUCAGGAUGGCAUCCCCUUCAUCAUACGGAAGUGCACAUCAGAAAUUGAGAACAGAGCACUCAACAUGAAGGGUAUCUACCGUGUGAAUGGUGCCAAGUCUCGGGUAGAGAAGUUGUGCCAGGCGUUUGAAAAUGGGAAAGACCUGGUGGAGCUCUCCGAUCUUUAUCCCCAUGACAUUAGCAACGUACUCAAACUCUAUUUGAGACAGCUUCCAGAGCCAAUCAUCCUCUUCCGUUACUAUAACGAUUUCAUUGGUUUGGCCAAAGAAUGCCAGAGCAUCAUUGCGGAAGAACUGGAGGCAGUGCGGGUCGGAUCCACUCAGGCGACACCAGCGCAGCUCAGCGUGGAUCUCAGCCGGGUCCUCUUCAAGAUCAAGGACCUGCUGAGGCAGCUGCCACCAACUCAUUACAAAACCCUGCAGUUCCUCAUGGAGCAUUUGCAUCGGGUGAUGGAGCAUUCAGAGGAGAAUAAGAUGACGGCUAGUAACCUUGGCAUCGUCUUUGGGCCAACAUUGAUAAAGCCGAGGCAAACUGAUGCUGAAGUUUCCCUUUCCUCUCUGGUGGAUUACCCCUAUCAGGCGCUUAUUGUAGAGCUUCUGAUCAGACACUACCAGAUGCUCUUUGAUACCCCCCUCAGUCAUUCAGGAGGGAUGUUGCCUACUGAGGCUGCCCACCCUCGCCAUAUUACCUACAUGACACAGCAGGAGAAGGAGCAGCAGCUUAGAAGGCACUCUAGGUCCGUGGGAGACAUCAAGGAGGCCAGGCAGGAGAGCUCUAAGGUGUAUAAGAGGCCGUCCUCAAUUAUUCCUGUCUUCCACCAACUGGCUGAGGUUCAGGAAAGCACACCAAGCCCUGAGGGAAGUGACUUUGAACCUGUUGACGAAGUGGAUUCACUGACCAUCAAUGGGAUUUUGUCAUCAAGUAUUCCUGAAGUCCCAAAAGCUGGCGAGAGAGGCCUUUCUCGGUCUCAUCAUAUCAGCGUUUCCAAGGUCCAGCUUCGACACACUCGUAACAAGUUUAAUUCCCGACCAGUUAGCAUGCCUGUUGAACGGAUAUCUAACAGAGACGAACUGGAUGAGUGUAAUUCCCAAAACAAUGCUGACCACAAUGAUGGAAAAGAGAACAUUUGUAACCAGUCCAUUGAAGAGGUGGACGAAGAUGAGAAAACAACGCUUGUGGGUUCAAAUUACCGUAGUACAUUUAUUGACACCCAAACAUUACGCAGGACAUGGGACAAACAGUACAAACAUGAUGUUGCUUCCAGGACUGCUGCAAUUAUAGCCAGUUCACCUUCAGAGAAUACUACAGUGGAUGCAAAGCAAGUAUCCAUUUCUAUGUCAUUGUCCUCCACAACAUGUUCUUUUCGGACUACAGGGAGCACGCUCAGCACUGUCUACCCCAACAAAUCUUAUGCUGUUGCACUGCAACCCAGUAGGAUGUUGAUAAAUGAAGAAGAUCCAACCAAAUACGGCCCUGUGCCAACAACCUUCAGGGCACCCAGGACUCUACAGCCUCCCCCAGGAACUUUCUACAAGCCCCCUUCAGGGAGAAAAGCUAAAAUGCUGCAGAACUGUUUGCCAUCUCAUAGUACUGAGGAGGAAGAAGAGGAGGAAUUAGGGAUAAAGAUGGAAGUGUCAGUAGAUUAUCCUUUUCAGGAAGACAAUGAGACCGAGGAUUUGGCCAUGUCCCAGUCGCCUAGCUUUGAAGAACUUGUUCCAAAUCAGGCCAAACCAGUGUACCAGAGACUAAGGUCUAAACACCUCCAAGAGGUGGAACACCGAGAGGCUCAUUUUGUGUAAUCAUUGUAAAUCUUUAAGCACGCAAUGGGCGUGGCUGGCUGUCUAUAACACAAUGUUUCAACAUCUUCUGUUAAUGAAGGAACUAUUAUAAACUUUAAAGAUUCAGAAGAAAAAAAGAUCAAAUGUACUAUAAUGGUAGCACUGUGCGAUAAAACAUUGUACCUUUGGCUUUCGAAAAACAAACAGGAUGCACUUAAAAUGCUGCAUACGUUUAGCAUGCUUCACCAAUAUUUCAUGUACCAAUCACUUGUUUACCACUCACUGACACCUGAUUGAGAUAUUUAUAAUUGUUUUAAAGCUGUGCAAUGACAUUGUUUUUGAGUUUUUUGUUCAUAUCAGCAUUACAUACCUAUGUUUAUAUACCAAAUACAAUGAUUGAGUUGUUACAGCAGUGCAUGUACAGAUGUUAUGUUGACCAACCCAACAUUAUGCUUUCAUGAAGCUUUUUUCUUUUUUUUUUCUGUGUUCUGUCUGAAAUGUUUAAACUGUUACAUUUUGGUAAUUAUGUUUUCCUUAUAUCUUGUGUAUAAAGCAUAUAUAAAGGAUUUUUAUUACAUGAUUUACUGGUUAUCUAUGUUGAUAUUUGGUAAUAUUGCAAAGAGUAACAACCAUUCGUUUUAUACGUUUAAACUUGUCAUAACUGAAAAACCUUGAGAAAUGUCAACAUGGCAUAUCUUUGUUUUUAGUUAUGUAACAGUUAUACUUUCUUAAUUGCCAAAGCAGUUGUUAGUAUUAUUAUUAUUAUUGUUGUCGUCGUUUUAUAAGGGCUGUAGUUUUGUAAUGGC